GCAUGCGCAAUUUCUUAUACAUUCCAAAUCCAGGUGAAGAAACAAGUUACAAAGUGGAAGAGAUAUAAGAGAACACUCUAAAAUAAUUUAAAUGGCUUCAAACAUGAAGGUAGCUUAGUCAGAAAAAUGUAACAGUUAUAGUAUAAACUUUGCUCCCUUUUCCAAACCCCCAGUAAGGACUUUGCGUUGAAUUGAUUGUAAUUGUAAGGACCCCACCUUCUAUUCUAAGUCUAAGCCUUCUUACACUGACACCUCUAAGCCGCUAUAGGCUAAGCGGACUAAAACGUUUAAGACCAAGACUAAUUAAUUACUAACACCAGUGUUUUUACAUAUUUUACUGUGUCUUAGUUAUCUGUCUGUGAAAUCAGUGCCAGGCCCUAGUUUACUUAAUUAACUAGUAUUAAUAUUACUAGGGGUAACGACUACAACAAUAGUUCAACUUGACGAUCUUUUUUAACAAAUCAUGCACUUGUUUCUUGGUGUUGGCAUGUUGGUAAAAGUCAAUUUCAUCAUCAUCUAUGUUGUGUAUCUUUCACCCCUUCAUCAUAAAUGUGUUCCUAUGACUAUUUACUAUUUGCUAACACUAAUCCUAUUGUUUUUGUUUCUUCCAUUUUAGAGAAUAUUUAGUCUUCCAGACAGAGCUCAUGGACCAGGUCAUAUUGUUUACUCUUGGCAAAGAACACUUGGGAAUUUCCUUGCAACAACAGGGUAUUUCUACAAUUCAAUUUAAUUGAUAAUACAAUAUUAUUAUUAUUAUAUGGAUAUAUACUGCCUAUUUAUAGCCUUAUAUUAUAUACUAUUAUAUAGGCGUACUAUAAUAUUGUAUAAUAAAUGCUGAAAGAAUUUAUUUUUGUUUUUUGAAUUGAGGCCAUUAAUUUAAUUACUGUUUCUAAUUACUUUUUUCCCCUUUUUUUGUAUUGUUAGCUGAAGAAGGCAUCUAUCCAAAACUUCCUUUUAACUAUCCUGUCUUUUCAUGUCAAGCCUAAACAAAAGCUUGUUCCACUAUUUCAGUCCAAAAAGCCAGUUUUCUUAAUAUAUAGUUUUAUUUCCAUGUAUGUGCAUUUUUAUUAUAGCUUUUUACAUUUUUAUUUAAUGAUAUUUAAAUUUAAUAAUGUCCACAAUCCUUUCACUCAUCAUCACUCAUACAGCACCCAUAUAUUUCCUGAUAAAUAUUACAUCUCCCAGCCAUGAAUUUAUGAACACGCAUUUGAAUUUUAAUUAACUUGUUUUAAUGUCAAUUUUGAAAAUGGUUUACUCCUUUACUCAAACAACAAAAUCAGCUCUGACAGUACAGCUAAAAUAUUUGACCGCCAUGGAGAUCUAAGGGGGAAUGUGACACUGCCAAGGUAAGUGUUAAAAUAGUACUGAGUGCUUUCAAAUACUUAUCAAACUAUCAUUUUCUAACUUCGUCUUUAUCUGUUAAUCUACUGGCCAUGCUUCAGAGAAACAUUGCCAUUGAUGUGAUCAAUUAUUCUAAUGUGAUUAUUUUCAGCCGUUGUACUGGGAUGGAUUGGGACCAGGAUGGGGAUGUUCUUGCCCUGAUUUGUGAAAACUCUCCUUUAAUUUUUCUGUGGGAUACAAAUGCACAGAAGUUCAACACAAUAGAUAGUGGACUCAAGUAAGUAUAGAUGUGUCUCAAAGCAUUGUGAUAAAAUAACAUUGUCAGUUAAAUUUCUCAUUGCUAUAAUUCAAGGUUAAAUUGUUUACUUUCCAAAUUUUCAUUAUAAAAUUGUUCACCCAUUGUGUAAUAAAACUGCUUUUCUUGUUAUAACUUUUCAAUUUUACUCUCUUUUUUGGAAUACUUUUAUUAUUUAUAAAAAGAAAACCUUGAUACAUUUUUAUUUAUUUUUUCUGACACCUUUCACAAUUUCUUAUAGAGAUUCAUUGUCAUUUCUGCUGUGGUCAAAAACUGGGACUAUCCUGGCAGUUGGAACCAUCAAGGGAAAUUUGCUCAUAUACAACCACCAAACAUCUCGGUAAGUCAAGUUAAUUAUCCGUGUAAACUAAAACUGCUAAUCUCUCAAGUACCUGCCUACAACAAGUGUGAGUAACUCAUACAGCUGUCUGAAUAGAAAAUGGCUCAUAAUUUAAUGGGCUAAGUAUUUAUCAUUAAGUCUCUCAUUUAAAGUAAAAAUAGUUAAAUAUUACCUUCAGAUCUUGAAUCAACAAUAAGAAUGUUAUAUGAAUAUUUACAGUAAAUUUGACAUUUCCUAAUUAUAUAAAAAUAUAGUUACUUUACAAUUAAUUGCUGCUUUAUUGAUAUGCUUGUGUUUUAUUCCAUGCAGUAAAUAAUAUUGUUUUAAAUAAGAAAAUAACACUUGAUUCUAAUCCUGCAGUUGUUUGUUUUGCAUGCUCAGAAAAAAUAUCAUUAUUGGUAAACACACAAAGAAAAUAACUUGUGGUGCUUGGAGUGCCCAGGGGUUACUGGCCCUGGGAAGUGAGGACAAAACUAUAAGUGUUAAUAACAUUGAUGGUGAUACAGUUGCACAAUCACAGCUUAGAGGAGAACCUUCCGACUUGGAGUUUUCUGAGAUGAAAGAAGAUGAACGAAGUCCCAAUGGGGAAAAUACAGUAAGUCAUUAUUAGAUAAUAAAUAAUAUUGAGGUCUUUUUUUACAACUUGAAGAUGAAAAUGUAAAACGUUUGAAGAAAAAAAAUAUAGUGGGCACAUUUGGUGGGUCGACAAUUUGUUUUUAUGUUUACCAUCAGCUAAAUGUUAUGUAACUCUUAUGGAGUAAUUUAAAAAUUGAAUUUAUUUAUAACCUGUGUACAUUUUUUUUAAAAAUAGUCUGAAGUAGUAAAUUUAUUUUUUAUAUAAAUGGAUAGACUAUUAUCUAUGGAAAAUUUGAUGUUACUAAAUUCGCAUACUGUUAUUUAAUUCAUUCUAAAGUGCAUAUAGCAUAAUUACUUUGCAAAUUACCAAACAUACCAUAAUGUCUAAACCAAUGAAACAUGAAAUGUUUCAAUUAUUUGUGACGAUGUUUAUUUUAUUGGCCACUUAUUUAAACAUUUCAAAAAAUGUAUCCAUAAACUCUUUUCGUACAUCUUGUGUUCGCAGGUCAGUGUCAAUGUGGCCAAAAAAACUUUAUUUCUAUUCAACAUCAACAACCCAGAAAACCCAAUAGAGCUGGCUUUUCAAGCCCGAUACGGGUCUAUUGUGGCUUACAAGUGGUAAGUUAAAAGUCCUAUCUGAGUAGAGGCACGGCCAAGUCUGAACAUUUUUUUUUUUAUUUGUAUAUUCCGUUAUAAAACAUUUGUGAAAAUUAUGCAAGGAAGUGAUAUUUGUGUUGGUGGUAAUUUUAUUAACCGAUUUCAGGUUUGGAGAUGGUUACAUCCUGAUCGGAUUCUCACAAGGUUACUUUGUGGUUAUAUCAACACACAUGAAGGAAAUAGGGCAGGUGAGUUGGUUUUGCUCUUACAUGUUUGUGUUUGUUGAGGUAUUCCUCUAUACGGUGCCAUUGUUUUGAAAAUACUUGGUUUUCAAAACAAGAAGCAGAGUUAUUGUACUUGAUUGUUUAAACUGUGACUAUGCUAUAUAAUAGUAACAAGAAUAUGCUUUCUGACAACUCAUCAGUUUUAAAUUAAUUUUUUUUUGUUUAAAAAGAUUAGUUGCAUCAUCAGUUUUCAUAAUUGAUAAAUGUGCCAAGUAAUAUGUUAGAUUUCAUUUUAAUUAAAAUCAUCAAAGGUUACAUUUAUUUCAAUAAAUCAUUAAAUGUUGGUUCCUCAUCAUGUAGGAAUGCUUCCAAGCAAGGAACCACAAGAACAACCUGACAAGCAUUGCAAUAUCUAAUACCCUUGGCAAAGCUGCAUCUUGUGGUGAUAACUGGUAAGCCUUGUGAUUAACAUAGAUGCCCUAACAAUAUAAGAUUGUUGGAGUAAGCUUUUAAAAUUGGUUCACCACUACAUUUCAAUUCAAACAAAUGUUUUGCAUUUAUUUGUUUGCAACUAGAAUCAUGCAUUCAUUUUAUUUAUGUCUUUGUAAACACUGUUUUUAAUGGAAAGGUAGUAAAAACAUUUAUUUUCAAGAACAAGGAGUGAAUGUUUUCACAUUCUUAGAUGUUAAUGGAAAAGCAGCAGGCUUGAUUUUUUAAAAUUAUGAAUCCCACACAUUAAACUGGCUGAUCUAACAUCACCUCAUUUUUGACAUGUGUUCAGGAGACUGCAAUUAAUUUUAGAAAUGCAUUAGUUUAAAUUUUUAUGUCAAUCUACAGUAAGGAUUAAUAUUUUACCAAUAUCCAUCUUUUUUGUUUCAAUAUAAUUUUUAGUAAAUAAAUUUUUUAAAUGUCCAUGUAUUUUAUUUAAAUUUCUGUACAGCCUUUCCAAUGCAAUUUAUAACAUUAAAGUGGAACACUGUCCUAUCACCUGCCCCACCUCCCCCCCCCCCCCCCCCCCCCCCCCCCACCCCCCCCCGCCCCUACAGCAUAAAGAUUCAUGACUUGUCUGACCUUAAAGAGAUGUAUGCCAUCAUCACACUGGAUGAAGAGAAAAGCCUCGAUAAGAUUGCUUGGAGUGAUGAUGGUCAGUUGCUGGCGGUGUCAACUCCCCGUGGUGGCCUCCACGUCUACCUGGCCAGGCUUCCAAUGCUGGCCUCCGUCAACCACACCCGAAUUGCUUACCUGACAUCCCUGCUGGAAGUAACCGUUGAAGACAACAUAGCACAAGUAUGCUGCCUGAGUUUGCCAUUUUUAAACGGAACAUUAAUCCAGUGCAAUAUAGUCCCCAAUAUUGUAUGGCUAUAUCUCAAGAUUUUGAAACAUUUUUCUGGAUGAUCCAAAUCAACUUUUGAGAGGAAGGGUAGCUUAGUAUCUAAAGUUUUUUAGCCAUAUGCCAAGAUUUUGAAACAUGUUUCUAGAUGAUCCAAAUCAACUGUUUUGAGAUGAAGGGUACAUUUUCUUUAUUAAAUUAAACACUACAUGAGCCACGAGUCAACGAUGGAUUACUGCUAAAAUGUCAGGGUGGCACUCGUAAAAUAUGACCCAACCAAAGAUGUGUUCAGAUUAAGUCAUUCAGUUGUUUUGUUGCUUUUUUUUUUGUAUUUUUUUUUUUUUGGUAGUGGGGUAGUUUGUUAAUUGAAAUAAAUUCACAAAUGAUAAUAUUUUAAUUUUUUGAAAUAAAGUAAAAUAUGACCCAACCAAAGAUGUGUUCAGAUUAAGUCAUUCAGUUGUUUUGUUGCUUUUUUUUUGUAUUUUUUUUUUUUUGGUAGUGGGGUAGUUUGUUAAUUGAAAUAAAUUCACAAAUGAUAAUAUUUAAAUAUUUUGAAAUAAAGGGAGAUGAUCUAUAUCAAAGUACCAUGGAUAACCAUGUAUUAUUAAAACAAAAUCUUGUGUCAAGAAUGCUACAAUCCUACUCUGUAAGCAAUACUCUGCUUCUCAAGCAAACCACUUUUGGGUUUUUUAACUCCCCUGAUGACAUUUCUUACUUGAUAGAAAAUGUGUGUAUCUUUCAUUAUUAUGAGUUCAGAUCAACUACAGGACCAUUCAGAUUAAGAAACUCAUAAAUUUUUUACUACUGACCUUUGGGGAGGGGAGAGGGGGUGUUGAAACAACAUUUGUUAUUGAUUUUGGAUCUUGUUAUCUAUGUUAUCUUCUGUUCCUGUCAGGAUGAACCAAUGACAAUUCAAGUAGAAGUGGAGCCAUCAUUUGUUGGGAUUGGUCCUUACCAUGUGGCUGUGGGAAUGAACAACAGAGCCUGGUUUUACCUGUUUGGGGAGGCAGGUGAGGGGGUUGUCAGGCAGCAGAAUACAAUACAGAUAUCCCUUUUAAUAAUUGAACUAGAAAGACUCAACUUGUUAAAUGAGUAAUAUUUCAGACCAAGUCUCUUGAGUUGUGUCAAAAAACUGAAGUUAAAGGUUUUUUUUAAUGAUACAUUUAUCUUUAUCAUUAACUUUCAAACUAAAAUAUAUGUGCAUCUUAUAAAGACAAAGUAAUACACAUACAUAAUCUACUAUUUGUUUAAUGAAAAAUUGCCACCAAAAAGUAUGUGAAUUUGAUCUGUGGCAUCAUCAUCUUUAUUUCUCCUUCCUGGGGAAAAGAAAUUAAGAAUUUUAAUUUUGAUAAAGUUUUGAGUAUUUCAGACAGGUUUAUUUUGACUUUCAGGUCUUUCACUGAUGAAAGAAAGUAAAGAAUAUUUAGGGACAGUCCAGUCAUUGUGUUUGAAUGCAGACUACGCAGCUGUCAGUUUCGAAGGGAAAGUUCAGCUUCACAUUGUAAUUGUGAUCAGCUUUUUUAUUCAAUCUGUUUUAGCUUUCAUUAUACCAGAAUUCUCUAAAAAUUCAUUUACUUACGAUUAGUAUACUUGUCUGUAAAGUCUAAGAGGGCUUAUGGUUAACACCUAUUGAAUUAAAUUAAAAGAUUUCAUAUAGGAUGUUUUCUCAAUGUUUUAUUGUUUUAGAUUGAAGGUGAAGGGACCAGAGACAGUGAUGAGAAAGAUUCUAAACUUUUCCCAGACCCUGAUCAGAAAAACUGUAAGAUCACAGCGCAUGCCAUGACACCAGAUUUCCUCAUCUACGCCACAAAUGUGAGACAUCCUCAAGUUAAAUUCUUUUUUUUUGUCUUUACACACAAGCAUCCACAACCCAUUGUUCUUUUAAAAAAAACAAUGAUUUAGGUGAGAUCUUUUUAUUCUUGAGUUAAAUAUUUCAUAACCAUUGGGCAGUUUAUCUGAAUUUCCCCAGAGUUGGCCAGGAAUUUAGACAUUGCGCUACCCCUUGAGAGCAAAAGUGCAGAUGUAUUUAGGUGUCCAUUCCUCUGAACCACAUUCACUUAUGGUUGUAUCAACAAUACCCAGUCCUUUUAAAAGCUUCUCCAGUCUGACUGGCAUGUUAAAAUGAUCUUAAAUGGGGUCUUAGGUUGAAAAGGGUGGUCAAUCGGUCUAAACUUACUCAAUCCAAAUAGCUGGUGGUCUGGAGUUCAAUCCCCACCCAAGCACCCUGGGUGGAUAGGACUUAUUAGUCUUGGACGACAAUUCAUCGAAGAGAAUGAAAACUCUGAAUUCAAACCAGGAGCCAAAAGGAUCAAUAACUUGAUAGUGUUCCCUCAAAUAUGAAACAAAAUUUUUUUAAUGGAACGGAUAUUUUUAUUCAAUGUCAUAAACAUCUUAAAAAUAAUUACAUUGGGUGAUCCAUUCUUGAACCAUACUUCACACUAAAUAUUUCUGUCAAGCUCUUAGUGGAAUCAUAUUAGGAAGUGAGAUGAUAUCAAUGUAAGACUGUGUUCUAUUCUGAAUCUUCCACAGAUAGGAGGAAUUCAUUACUUCUUUAUUGAAGACUGGAGCUUUGUUGUUGAGCACCGCCACGUGACCGGCAUUCGAAAGAUAUUCCCAGAUUCAACCGGGGCCCAUCUUGUGUUCCUAGAUGAAAAAAGUGAUGGGUACAUUUACAUCUCAGUGAGUUUAAACUGAUUACCACCCCCCCCCCCCACCCCCUGAUCAGAUACAUUUCUUAAAAAUAGCAAAAUACCUUUUUGCUUUGUUUUUGAAAAAAGUGAUGGGUACAUUUACAUCUCAGUGAGUUUAAACCGAUUACCACCCCCCCCCCCCCACCCCCUGAUCAGAUACAUUUCUUAAAAAUAGCAAAAUACCUUUUUGCUUUGUUUAAGCUACAAGUCACUACUGUUAUAUACUAAUUCAAGCUUGUUAUAUUCCAUAAUCUUUUAAUUACUAAUCAUUUUUUUAAUAUUAAUUUAUUUUAGGCUGAUGAUACAGUCAGACAUAUUCCAGAUUUCUCUCCAACAGUUCAAGGUGUACUGUGGGAAAACUGGCCACUAGAUAAGGUGUGUGCUUAAGGACAGAUUAAUUUUUUUUUUUUUUCACUUCGCUAAAUUACUGUAGUAUAUUAAGGUAAUACCAUCUUAGGCAAAAAAAAAAGAUGACUAUAUUUGAGAACAACAUAUUAAAAAUGAUGAUUUCUCCCACAGGGAGUGUUCAUUGCUUAUGAUAAUGAGAAGAUGUACACUUAUGUAUACUGCCAAGAUUCAGUGAAAGGUGAGGACCAUUUACAGUUUAAAAUAAAUAUUAAAUUUGCAAUGUAAGACUCGUGGGCUCUUUAACUUCUUCAAGUCAAAUUUUUCUAUAUCACAUAGACAUGUAUUUAAAUAUUUAAUUCCAGGUAUUGACCAGGUUUCUUUGCUAUUUCUUUCCAGAACUUUCCAAAUUUACGAAACUUAAUUAAGUAUUUGAAAGUCUUACCUUUUUAAAAAAAUAUUUUUAAAGCCAAUUAGUUUUCUUCUAAACCUUCAGAUUCAUUAUGGUUUAUGGAGAUUAUGAUGAAAUUAUUGUUUUUUGUUUUUUUUUAUUUCAUUGGUCUAAUCAUCCUCUUCCAGGCAGUCAAGUGACAUUUGCAGGUGCCUCUAAACUGCCCUAUGGUCAGAUACCAAUUCUUCUUUACAAUGGAGAUGUCACUUUACAAACACCAAGUGGCAAACUGGCAACUCUUCUCCUGGCUACUCAUGGUCAUGUGUUUAAUGAAAAUCCUACAGAGCUUCCACCAAAUGAUGUAAUGUUUUAAUACUGUUAUAGUUUAAUGGUUUUUUUUGUAUACAUAUCAAAGUAGUUAAAUCUGUAUUUAACCUUUAAAAAAUACGCUACCCUCUCCUCAUAUAAAAAAAAGGGAAAUUGUAUAUUUGGGAAUUAAACAUGCUCUAAACUUUUGUUAUACAAUUCAUGCCAGUAUUUAUGAGUUUUUUUAUAAUAUGAAAUGAUGUGUCAAAGGUUAAAACAAACUGUAUGAAAACUGAAUGAUUGUGCACAGCAUAAUAUCUCCUUUCAAAACUGUACAUUUCAUUGAUGCAUGUUGUUUUCUCCAAUAAAAUUAUUUUUUUUAAAACCUUUUUUUUUCUUUUUCAUGAAGCUGAGAAUAGCAGCCCAACAGUGUAUUAAGUUGAAACGGUAAGUGAACCAACCACCACUAAAUCACAAACAUUAUACAAUUUAUCUGCUAAAGGAAUGCCAUGUAAAUCUUAUUUCCAUUGAAAGAAUGUCUCAUGGUCAUUUUGUUAUUUUUAAAAUAAUUUUGGGGUUGUUUUUGUUUUGGCUCUGUUCAUGUGACAAGCACCAGAAUUUAGUUCACCUUUCUUGAUUUAAUUUCUUCCAGUUUUAAAGAUGCUUGGGUCUACUGCUCAGUCCUGAAGAAAGAUGACUUGUGGAAGGAAGCUGGCAGAGCUGCUUUAGAAAGCAUGGAACUGGACUUUGGUCAGUGCAUUUCCCUAGGAAUGAUUUUUCCAGAACUUUUCUUAUUUAAAUUUAUUUGCAUAUGUGUUAGUGUCAAGUGACUUGUGAGAAAUAUUGUAUUUUUUUGUGGUGUUGUCGUGUGAUGGGGAAAAUAAAAGUGGGUUAGCUCUAUAUUCUUUGAAUGUGCAUAGCACCUGUUUUAAAAUGAUAAAAAAUUUAAGACAUUCACUAAAUGAUUUUUAAUUCUUAAAUUUUUUACAUUUUUUAAUAGCUUCUAGGAUAAAAAUCACAACUAAAUUUGAUAGGUAUCUAAGAAUAUUGGUAUUUUUUUCUUUCCUGAUACCACUUAAUCUUACACUUCAAAUAUAAAGAGAGCUCUUGAAAGUUGUUUAUUUUUAAUUGUGAGAGAAUCAUAGUAUUCAUAUUAUUUGUCUUAUUUGAUUCCUGCUGGCUGUUGUUUUUUCCAGCUAUGAGAGUUUACAGACACAUUGGUGAUGUUGGGAUGGUGUCUUCACUCCAGAAAAUUAAAGUAAGCUAAACCAGCAUAACAUGAAGUUUAACGGCAAGCAUUUGAAAUUUUCAAAUGGCAGUCAAAUGACUGCUUACAGUUACUCAGUCAACUGCUUACAGUUAUUCAAUCAACUGCUUACAGUUACUCAGUCAACUGCUUACAGUUAUUCAGUCAACUGCUUACAGUUACUCAGUAAACUGCUUACAAUUAUUCAGUCAACUGCUUACAGUUAUUCAGUCUACUGCUUACAGUUACUCAGUUGACUGCUUACAGUUACUCAGUCAACUGCUUACAGUUACUCAGUCAACUGCUUACAGUUACUCAGUCAACUGCUGACAGUUAUUCAGUCAACUCCUGACAGUUAUUCAGCAAACUGCUGACAGUUACUCAUAUUUAAAAAUAAUUUUCUUGUCUUUUAAUUUUUUACUUGUGUUAUUUCCUUAACAAAAAUUUUUUUAUGAAGCCAACUUUUCCCAAACGUUUUAAGUUUGGAGGACCAGUGGACACGUUUGAAAUUGCAUCAGGGACCAGGUUUAUUAAUUACAUUUUUUUUAUUCGACCAUAAAAAUCAAGUUGUGUGGAUGGCAAUGUAAUUCUGAUGGACCGGUGCUAGUCCUCUGACCACCAUUUGAGAAACACUGUUUUAAACAACAUAUUAUGUUAAGGUUUUUCUUAGUGAUUCUUCAUUUGCAUUUGUGUAAUUAACUAAAAUGGUUGUUUUUUAUGGUAACAAUAUUAUUGGAGAUUCAACUUAAAAUAAUCUUUAUUAAGAGAAAAAAAUUAAUGUGCAGUGUUCAGACAGACUCUAAAAUGUCAGGUGUACAAUUAUGAUCACUUCCACACAACCAUCAGUCACAUAGAUUACUGCUGAGAGUCACACACAUUGGAUGCCACAACCACGCAAGGAAAGUAGUAUCUUGGCAUCUUCAGUUGGGAUUAAUUUUUUUCCCCACAGUCCACAGAGGACAAGAACCAGCUGUCAGGCUAUAUGGCCAUGUUCCUGGGUGACUUCAACCUGGCCCAAGAUUUGUUUCUUGCAUCUCAGUACCCACUAGCAGCUCUAGAGGUCAGUAACACAGGUGUCAUCACAUUUACCUUUAAUUUCAUAAGCCGUGUUGACAUAAAGGAAGACUUCAUAGAGUUCCAAUGCUCGAACUUAUGGGAAAUAAUGAGCAUCGAAAUAAAUGGCACUGGUGAUUUUAAAUCUUAAAUUUGUUUAGUAAAGAAAGGUAUUCAAAGAGUUAGAUCUCAGUUUUCCCAUUUUAACUUUAUUCCCCACAAAGAAAUUUCUGUAAUACCCUUAAUGAAAAUCACUUUCAGAAAAUCGCUUAAUUUUAUAUCCAAGAACAGAAGUGGAUGUGUCAAAUGAUUUGGUCUUUCGCUGUAAUCUCAGUUUCAAAACCCCUGCAUUAAAAAAGUGAAAGUAAAAGCAAAUGCACCUGAUUUGCUUGGUCUUCCCUCAUCAUCUGACACUGCCUACCAUGCCCACAGGGAGUUCAGGCACCAUGCCCCCAGGGAGUUCAGGCACCAUGCACCCUGGGAGUUCAGGCACCAUGCCCCCAGGGAGUUCAGGCACCAUGCACCCUGGGAGUUCAGGCACCAUGCCCACAGGGAGUUCAGGCACCAUGCCCCCAGGGAGUUCAGGCACCAUGCCCCCAGGGAGUUCAGGCACCAUGCCCCCAGGGAGUUCAGGCACCCCUGUUAAAGAAACCCUGAUUUCUACUGACUAUUUAUUUUUAAGACAUGUGAUAAAGUUUGAUCCCAAAAUACCUGAGAAUUAAAUCUUGCACUGCCCAACAGAUGAGACGAGACCUGCUCCACUGGGACAGCGCCUUACAGCUGGCCAAGGCCCUGGCUCCAGAACAGAUCCCAUACAUCUCUAGGGAAUAUGCUCAGCAGCUGGAGUUCACUGGGGACUACGCCAACGCGUUGUCUCAUUAUGAAAAAGGAAUCACCAAACUGGAAGGGGAGAGAGAUCAUGAUGAGAUAUGUGCUGCGGGCAUUGCCCGCAUGUCCAUCAGAAUUGGGGAUAUCAGACGGUGUGUUUUAUUCAUUUGGAAUUUAUUCUCAGCAAUUGAUUUAAAUACGUUUCUUGGGUAACAAAUAUAAAUCUAGCAAUGUUAUCUUUCAUGAGUUAAGUUGUGUAUCCAUUCCAUAAAUGACAUGAGACUGGAAGACUGAGGUUUAUUCUUAUUGAACCUCUCCCAAGUGGACAACUUGUGAGCCGUGAAUUAAACAUUGUUCACAUUUUGUUUAACAAACCCAGGGGUGUUUCAAUGGCCAUGAAGAUGCCAAGUAAAAUCUUGAAGAAAGAAUGCGCAGGAAUCCUAGAAAGUAUGAAGGUAAGAUUAAUUUUGUAUAUAAUAUUAUUUUGUUAAUCAGUGAAGCUUUAUUCAAAAUGAAGCUCUUUACCAACCUUAUGACUAAUGCUUGAAAAUUAUUUUAUUUCAAUUUUCAAAAUAAUUCACUUGAAAGUAUUGGUAAGAGAGAAAGAAAGGAAUAAAAAGAUUGACAAUCCAAUAUCUGUAGGAGUUUUGAACAAUACUUUAUAUGGGAUGUCAACAAACAAAAAAAUGUCUUCAUAGCACACUUCUUUUGAUUAGAAUUCUACACAUCCUUUAUACUAAACCUCAUUUUGAUAAUAUUAUUUAUGAUAAUAAAGUAUCCAUCUUUUAUAGUUGUCUAUUUGUUUUAGUAGUGAUAAUAUAUCUUUUAUGCCUCAUUAAUUAUAUUAGUAAUAAUGCAUUCUAUUAUUGAGCAAUGGGCGGAGGCAGCCCAGCUGUAUGAACAGGGACAGUACUAUGAUAAGGCAGCUUCUGUUUACAUCAGAGGAAAAAACUGGUGAGUUGCUCUUAGCUGUUGUUAAUAAUAAAUAAGUUAAGAAGAGAAAUGGAGGGGCUCUUUAAUACUGUCUUGUACUACUUUUAAGUUUAUUUGAAAUCUGAACUGGCAAAGAAUUUUAUGAAUGAUUGAAACAAAACUCUCAUUUCAUUUUUCAAUAUCUAUGGUAGGGCUAAGGUGGGAGAACUCCUGAGCAAGAUAACCUCCCCUAAGAUCCAUGCCCAGUAUGCUAAGGCCAAGGAAGCAGAUGGCAGGUUUAAAGAGGCAGCAGACGCCUACAAGCUGGCCAAGGAGUGGGAUAAUGUUAUCAGGUAAGAGAGUUAAUCAUCUUGAGUUAAUCAUCUUGAUCAGUUGGAAAAUAUUAUUGUCUAAGGGCAUUUGACAAAAAAUUUAUAUUUAAAAUUUCUCUUAUUGGAUUAGACCUAAAGGUUAGAUGUGGCAGUGAGUGGAAUGGCUUCAUUUCAUAUUAGUAUUAGUUUUUCCUUUUGAAGGAAUUAGAGUUGCUCCACUCAUCAAUACAACUCUGUGACUAUGUGAUAGUCUGGAAAAUAUCAUUUUAAGUUUGUGAUUAAUUAAAUAGAAAAACUUAUUCUCACUUCACAGCUCUAACUUUCCGUCAAUAGAAUGCACAAUAUGUCAAUUAACCUUAUUUUCAACUCUUACCUUACCACAGAAUCAACCUGGACCAUCUCCAGAAUCCUGAGGAAGCUGUGAAAAUUGUCAGAGAGACACAAUCAGUGGAGGGGGCAAAGAUGGUGGCCAAGUAAUAUCAGUGUUUUUUUGGCAUGAACAAUUUUUAAUAGUUUUAGUAAUGUCAGAGAGACACAAUCAGUGGAGGGGGCAAAGAUGGUGGCCAAGUAAUAUCAGUGUUUUUUGGCAUGAACAAUUUUUAAUAGUUUUAGUAAUGUUUAAGGUUAAAAACAUAUUAAAGCUGAAAUAGAACAUUUUUUAAUCUGGGGAACCUAGUUUGCUGUUAUGGAAAGCAUUAUUAUAAAUAUUAUUCCACAUAAAGAAAUAAGACUGCAGCUAGAUUCAGAAAGAAGCCAAUUUUGAAUAGCUUGACAUUGUCAGCUUUAGAAUCAGUAAACUGAAUUUAUUAUUCAUCUAUUUGUAUAGAAAAAUCAAAAGUGUUACUUAUAAUGACACUUGGUAUUGUGGAUCAGGUCUAAUAUAACUUCACAGACAUAACGGAUAAUAAGAUAUUAUAAAAGAGAACAUGAAUGUAUUUUUAAAAAAGAAGCUUAAGAUAUAUCCUGCUUCCUGUUUUCAUAAUUAAUUUAUAUUUUAUGAAUUUAUCAUUCUCCCUAAGAUCAAGUGGCAUUUUAUCUUUUUGAUACAUCUUACAUAAAGCUUGACCACACCUCAUGCUUAUUUCAAUCCUAACCAUAGGACCAUAACUUGAGGAACUUCUUUGAUUUUUUGUAUAUGCAGAAAUCUAGGAAUAUAGAACAAAUGUGUUGUUUUUUUUUUAAAUUGCAAUGUAGGUUUUUCCAGCGUCUAAAUGACUAUGGCUCAGCCAUCCAGUUUCUUGUCAUGUCUCAUUGCAAUGAUGAAGCCUUUCAGUUGGCCCAGCAACACAGGCAGAUGGAGGUGUAUGCAGAUAUCAUUGGUAGGAUGGACUAGAUUAUUCCGAUACUUUGGGGAAUUUUUUAAAAGUACCUUUAUAACACCUGUAACCGGCAUGUAUUUUCAGCUUUUUUUGGUGUGCUAUUUUUCAUACCCUGUCAAUGCCACAUCAUACCAUGUCAUGCCACAUUAUACCCUGUCAUGGCAUAUCAUACCCUGUCAUGCCACAUCAUACCCUAAUCAUACCCUAUCAUACUACAUCAUACCCUAUCAUGCCACAUUAUACCCUAUCAUGCCACAUCAUACCCUAUCAAAUCACAUCAUACCCUAUCAUGCCACAUCAUACCCUAUCAUGCCACAUUAUACCCUAUCAUACCCUAUCAAAUCACAUCAUACCCUAUCAUGCCACAUCAUACCCUAUCAUGCCACAUUAUACCCUAUCAUUCCACAUCAUACCCUAUCAUGCCACAUCAUACCACAUCAUAUCCAAAUAUGCCACAUUAUACCCUAUCAAGCCACAUCAUGCAAGAUAAUCUCAAAAUUGAAAUCUUAAAUCAUUUUACCCCAAAUUCCAAAAUAAAUUGUGUCUUUACAGGAGCUGAUGCCACUAAUGAAGACUAUCACAGCAUCGCUGUGUACUUUGAGACAGAAAAAAAUAACUUCUUGGCUGGCAAGUUUUUCCUGUUGAGUGGCCAGUUCACUAAGGUCAGUCUGUGGCUUAGUGUAAUUCUUCUGCUAAGAAAACAUGCAAAAAUGGUCUCGUCAAUGUUCAAUUUACAUUUCUUGUUAUGCUGGUAGGAAAAUGGCUAAAUAUUCAUAUAAAUGUAAUAAUCAUGUUUCUAUUCAGGAAAUCUGGCCUGCAAAAGAUAUUUAGCUGCUUUGGUUUAUUUUAUUCCAGGCUAUAAAACAUUUCCUAAAAUGUAACCCAGAAGAUGGCCAACCCAUAGAGUUGGCCAUUGAGACAGUAGGACGGGCCAAUGAUGACCUGCUGACCAAACAGUUGGUCGACUUUCUCAUGGGAGAUUUGGACGGGACUCCCAAGGUAGGUUUAUUGAUGGCUGAAGGGGAAAAAAAAUCACAUAUGAUUUGUCAUAUUUUAACAUUUUAGCUUAAAGCUUUUAUAGGUGCAAACCUUUAUUUAUUGUUUACUUAUUAAUAUUUGAAGGAAUUUGUAUUUUUCAAAUUAUGAGUGUACUAGGAAAUAAUAUAUAAUUAUGAACUGUCAAGCAUAGUCAAAUUUCUAUUAAUAUUAGACCAUCAAAGGUGAAAUUUAAACAAAUGAAUUUUUAAUAGAUACAUUUUCUGAUGUUUAAAAAUAUUUCUUAUGACUAUUCUGGACACAAAGUAUUAUCAUAUAUAUAUCUCUCUAUCACAUUUCUGACAUUUGUUUAGUUUUCUUAUAUUAUUUAAAAGAAAUGUAUUAUUUGGUAUACUUUUUAAAAUGUUAAUUUUUUUUUUAAAAUGCUUCCCCUAUCCUCCCAUGAUGAUUUGUUUUCAACUUUGCUUUUAACUAAUCUUAUUUAAGGCUUUUAGUUUUUAAAUCUUUGGUUCCUUUGGUACUGUGUAUUACUUUUAAGCACCUUGGCCUAUACACUUACUCUUUCAUAUUGAUUCUAACACUACCAGGAUGCCAAGUAUCUAUUCCGCCUGUACAUGGCUCUGAAGAAAUAUGGCGAAGCAGCCAGGACAGCCAUCAUCAUAGCCAGGGAGGAGCAGAAUGCAGGUGAGCACAUCGUCAUCCUGAGCCGCUCUUACAACUGGCAUAACUUGCAAUUAAACACACACACACAAACACACACACACACACACAUACAAACGAGGGGAGGUAAUAAACUCUUACAGCUUGUUUUACUGCCACCUGGUAAGAAGCUUUUGUUUGAUUCCAGGCAACUACAGAAAUGCUCACGACGUGUUGUUCAGCAUGUACCAGGAGCUGAAGGAAAACAAGAUCAAGAUCCCAUCAGAGAUGGCCACCAACCUUAUGAUACUACACAGCUAUAUUCUAGUCAAGGUGAGUUAGGCCACCAAACUUAUGAUACUACACAGCUAUAUUCUAGUCAAGGUGAGUUAGGCCACCAACCUUAUGAUACUACACAGCUAUAUUCUAGUCAAGGUGAGUAAGGCCACCAACCUUAUGAUAGUACACAGCUAUAUUCUAGUCAAGGUGAGUUAGGCCACCAACCUUAUAAUACUACACAGCUAUAUUCUAGUCAAGGUGAGUAAGGCCACCAACCUUAUGAUACUACACAGCUAUAUUCUAGUCAAGGUGAGUAAGGCCACCAACCUUAUGAUACCACACAGCUAUAUUCUAGUCAAGGUGAGUUAGGCCACAAACCUUAUGAUACUACACAGCUAUAUUCUAGUCAAGGUGAGUAAGGCCACCAACCUUAUGAUACCACACAGCUAUAUUCUAGUUAAGGUGAGUUAGGCCACCAACCUUAUGAUACUACACAGCUAUAUUCUAGUCAAGGUCAGUUAGUGAUCACUGAUAUGGUGUUGGUUGAGAUUUUGUGGGUUUGCAGGCCAGUAAUGCAGAUAUCUUCAGUACAGAGAUGGAAGGGAGUAGUUUAAACUCUAGUAUAAUUUCUGGAGGGGGGGCUAAUGGAUAGCUGGCUUAGGGAAAAUAUAAUGUGGGACUGCUUUCAAGCCAUUUUUCUUUAUAUCUGUAAGCUUUGUAUGUAAAGUAGCCUUGCUAGACAUAAGUGUCUUGAUAUUUUGAGCAUUGUGGAAGAUCUCUGGUGACAUGCCUGAAGAGUAUGGUCUUCUUUAGUUGAUGUUCCCUUCCAUGUUCCACAGAUUCAUGUCAAACAGGGUGACCACAUGAAAGGUGCCAGGAUGCUGAUCCGUGUGGCAAAUAACAUCAGCAAGUUCCCUUCCCGUAAGUUGCAAUGGGCACAAAGUAUUGAACAGUAAAGUUCAGCUCAAUUACACAGCUGGCAAAGAUGACAGCAGUAAGAAACCUAUGAUUUAUCCUGCACCUAGCGUUGUAUGUUGGGGCAUGCCAUAAUAUGAUUUUACUGGGAACCUUUUUUUCAUCUUGGUAGCUGUUUAUUGUUGGGCAGUUUUAUCCAGUCUGGUUAGUAUCUUAAAAAGAUGGAUCACAUUCCCCUAGGAGAGAGUGAUAAUAUUUUAUUAAGGAGUUAAGGAUCUUUGUAAAAUAGACCUGAGGCUAAACCCAUCUACAACUACUUCUUCCUGUCUGGCAUUUAUAGGUUUAAAAAGUAAACUUUGAAAGUAAGUAGCCUCGAUUUAACACACCCACAAAUGUAAAACCAUCUUCUACAGAUAUCGUUCCCAUCUUGACGUCUACUGUCAUCGAAUGUCACCGAGCAGGCCUCAAGAAUUCAUCAUUCAGCUACGCCGCCAUGCUCAUGCGACCAGAGUACAGGAAUGAUAUUGACCUCAAGUAUAAGCGGAAGAUCGAAAUGAUUGUGCGCAAACCAGACAAGUCUGAGGAGGAGGAACCCAUCACCCCAUGCCCAUUUUGUGGUUUCCAGAUCCCAGAGACAGAACUGCUGUGUCCAGACUGUAAAAAUACUAUCCCAUACUGCAUCAUUACGGUCAGUAGAACCUAUAAUACUAUCCCACACAGCAUCAUUACGGUCAGUAGAACAUGUAAUACUAUCCUGUCAGUAGAACAUGUAAUACUAUCCUGUCAGUAGAACAUGUAAUACUAUCCUGUCAGUAGAACAUGUAAUACUAUCCUGUCAGUAGAACAUGUAAUACUAUCCUGUCAGUAGGACAUGUAAUACUAUCCUGUCAGUAUAACAUGUAAUACUAUCCUGUCAGUAGAACAUGUAACACUCCUGUCAGUAGAACAUGUAAUAUUAUCCUGUCAGUAGAACAUGUAAUACUAUCCUGUCAGUAGGACAUGUAACACUCCUGUCAGUAGGACAUGAGAUGGUUAAAAAGCUAAAGAUCAGGAAAUAACAAGGUUCCUGUGUCUGAAAUUGUUUAUCCUCUUCCAAAUAACAAAAGUUUGCUGAAAUUUGGGAUUUCACUAUUUCCCAUACUUUGUUUCACUCAUUUCCUAUUACAUCUCAAUUGUUUUAAGCUAAAUGUCUUUCAUCAAAAAUAGCAAAGCAUGUCAAAGAGUGUUACAUGACUAAAGUCACAACAAUAUUUUAGCAUUUGAGUUUUCCUUGUUUGCAGUCUAUCACGUUUUCUUCUAUAUAUUCAGGGCCCACGAUCGACGUAUUGAUCAUUCUUGCUCCUAUGUAUGUAGAGGGGAUUCGCAAUGCUUUUGUGCCUGGUGUUGAUGAGGGUAUUUCCCAGGUUGAACAGCUUAACAAUUAUUUAUUCUUUUUUACCAGGGCCGCCAUGUCCUGAGAGAUGAUUUCUGUGCAUGUCCCAACUGUGAUUUCCCAGCCAUUUACACAGAGUACCUCAAGUAAGAAAACCCACUUUCAUCACUUCUAAGGCGAUGAAUGUUGCAAGGAAGUAGAAUCGGGGGGCGGCCCUCCAUGCCAUCCACCUUCCUUCCAAAUCUUCCAUGUGACCUAAGUUAACUAUUUUUUUUAACCAUCCCAACUUAGAAUAAAUAGUUUUUUUUAUUAAUGUCUUAUCUGCUCAUAAUUUAUGCUAUCUGGAUAAGUUUGUUCAUCAAAAUUGACCUCAAGAGAAGGGUUUUUUUUUUUUUUCUCACAGGCAAUUUAAAAAAAAUUAAUUUGCUCAAAACUUGUUUCUAGGAUUUCACAAAAUGCAACAAAAUAAUGUCAUUAGCCCUUUUGGCAGUUAUUUAAAGCAUCUCUGAGUAGAUGUUUUUCUUCUUUUCUUUGACCAGAAUGCUGGAAACGGAGGAGAUAUGCCCCAUGUGUAGUGAGAAGGUCAACAUCUCCAGCAUCCAGAAGCUUAUUGAUCCCCAGAAAUACAUCUAUCCUGAAACCGGGGUAGCUAAAGAUGAUCCAACAGUGGCCUAGUUUUGUAUUAUUGUUCUAAUAACUUUUGUCAGAAUUUGACUGCUCAACACUGAGAUGAUAUUUUUAAAGGUCUUGUGAAAAAAAACAUAUUUUAAAUUUUCAUGAGGAGCAGACUGUAAAACUCUUGUCUUCUAUAGCCAUAUCCACCACUGUAACUAGUCGUCUACAUCUUUAGUGUGUUCUGUAAAUGUUGAAGGAUUAUUAUGCUACAAAUGGUUGUGAAGCACUGCGUGAGACAACAGCAUAUAGAUUGGAUUACUGUAGGACACACAAGUUAAUUAUUGACGUCGGACAAGGUCAGUUGAAUUUUAUUUUAGUAUAGGUAAAAAGGCUUUUAAUUCAAGAAAGUUUAAAGACAAAUGAAGCACUGUAUUUUCUAGAGAUUUUCAAAAAAUUUUGACAGAAAUCACAACCGUUUGCGUAGUUUGACUGUGAUGAACACAAUCUUCUCUAAUUUUAACUCUAGUGAUAUUCCAUGGUCUUAUUAUUAAACUGAAUGAAUGUGUAUAAAUGGGUUGUUGCUUUUCUUUGUUGUAGCAGAUUGAACUUUGGUUUUAACGUAAGUUAGUCUUAAGAAGAAAUGAAGUGUGAAUGUUAAUGACAUUGAUCCAAGGGGUGCAGCCUAUAAUAUUUUCACUGUGUGUUUUAUGGGGGAAUUUUCUUUUUUUUAACUGACCAAACAUUAAAAAAAGCAUCGAUAUACCUAUUUAAAUUUUGUGCGCAAUCAUAUUUCAUUGAUCAUGAUGAUCUGAAGAUAAAACCCGGCACAAUCAUUAUUUCAAUCACAUUUCAUUCAUCAUGAUGAUCUGAAGAUAAAACCCGGCACAAUCAUUAUUUCAGUCAUAUUUCAUUCAUCAUGAUGAUCUGAAGAUAUAACCCGGCGCAAUCAUUAUUUCAGUCAUAUUUCAUUCAUCAUGAUGAUCUGAAGAUUAAAGCCGUCCAAAGUAGGUAAUUUAUGUUCAAAUAUCCACUUGUCCAGACUUGCCUUUGGGCCUGGAAACUUAUCUGUGAUACCAAACUUAACUUUUAUACAUCACUUACUAUGUCCAUGUUUGACCUGUAGGUUAUCAUUAAAAUAUUGUGACUUUUUUUUCUGUCUUCAGGAUUUCUAUAAAAAUCUGCUAAAUAAAUUGUUUAAUACAUGCA